GGCGUAGACCGUAUGUGACUUCAUUGACCAAGCGUCCCACGUCGUUGACCUUCCUCUUUCCCUCCCAACCGCCUUAACCACCAAACUCUCCGCGCCGAUCCGCUCUGCUCCACCAGACCCGAUGUAUACAUGACGUGCUUCUGCAGGGUUACUCUCUGAUGACAGAAUGGGAAGGUACGCGCUGGAAGUGAACGCAACGCAGAAAUAUAGCCUCUCACUGAUCCACCCUCUGUUUGCUCUCAUUUCGGUGAGCGUCUCACCAGCAACAGGUUUUGUAGACAUCUCGUUUGAUCCGUCUCUCACCACCUGAUCUGCAAAACACGUUCGCAAGCGCGCCGCCAACGGGGGGUGAGAGGGGCAUAUAAGCCGUCAAGAUGUCGCCGUCAGUGAGGGUAUAUCAGCGCCAACGACCUCUUGAUCAGGAAUGCUUCAAAUGCUUCGAGGUUACUUGUAUAGCACUGCUGUGGUGCUUCCCCAACAUCGUAUCCGCUUCAGCCAUGGAUCAAAACAUACCUUCACAGAAGGUGGCCUUCAACCUGCUCCCAAUCGAGGUGAACAAAGAGAUUGCUCACCACCUUGAUGACCAUAAGGACAUUGCCACCUACAAUGCGAUCUGCAAGGCGACUUCCAGUGCCAUCAUCGGAGACAAAUUGUCUUUCUGGCGGGCCAAGUUUUGCGAGGACUUUGCUAGACCGCCAGGCAAGACCAAUGCGAUGCUGCGCGCGAUCUACAUGGAGCGCUGGCGCUGGCUCAGGCGCUUCGUCAACAUGAAAGCUUCGAAGACCUUCCAGUUCGUUCGUGGUCACUCGGUCAAAGAGAAAGCCGUCCUGAAGGUCUUGGUAGAUCUGAUCAACGAGUCGUUCGCGGGUGUCCAGCCUGGCGCCGUCGGAUCCGAUUGCCCGAAUAUGCUGCGUCUGAAGGAUUUUGUCCUAAAGUCGAGGCUUCUAUUGGGUGGCCGUCGCCCUCCGCCUCCAAAGUUCUAUGAGAACGCCGCCGUCAGCGAGUCUCUUGUAGCUGUCCGUAUCAUAGCUACGCACUUCCUCUUUGGCGAGGCCAUCCAACCAGGUGCCUGGUUCGCGAUUGACGAUGCGCAGCGAGCCGUCUAUUCUUCUACAAAUGACGCGCCGCUGUACCUCGGUCAUCAGAAGCACGUCGUGAACCUGGACUGGGUCCUGCAAUGCCUCAACUUCUUCAGGUACUACAUGACCGUCCCGGAGGCAUCAGAUCUCCACGACGCUAUGCAUGAGCUGGAUGAUUCGCAGCGGCCGACAGCGUGGGAUGGAGCGCUAAAGUCGGGCAGCUAUGUGCUGGGAAACCACUGGAGGGGCACGUAUGCCUACCUCGAGCACAAGGACCUCAAGCGCUUCCGGCAGAUGAUUCGCCAGGACAGGCACGGCGACCACAUCCUGACUGACCUUAACAUCGAUGAGGGAAACAUCCAGUCUCUCUACCUCGACUUCUCGGCGGAUGUAAGCGCGCUCCCCUGGCCCGCCGUCUUCGAAGACCGCCUCCAUUCGCUCCAUCCGGGCGAGUUGCCACAGGCGCGUGCACAACACAGCAAGAAAUCUGCCUCCACCGCCCCCAACUCAAUUCGCUUCGAUGGUCAUGGUGAAGACCUCGAGGACCUCUACUUCGCGUCCGGCUGGCUCAACGCGCUUCCACCGCAGGCAGGGAUCCCGGGCUGGCAGCGCAUCACUAUGAUGAAGCACUUCGAGGACGAUAUUGCAGCCGUUCAAGAUGAUAAUCUCUGGGCAUAUGAAGGCGUCGUGCUGCCGGGUGGGAAGAUCAUCUUAGGGCGGUGGUGGUUUGCUUCGGACGAGCACAUCAACUUUGACGAUGAGUACGGCGGCCCGUUCAUCUUUUGGGCUGUCGAGCCGGAGGAGGAGCUGGAGCAUGAGGGGGCUGGAGACGAGUGAGCGAGGGAGGUGACAUGGCUGUCGAUAAGGACGUACCAUGGACUCUUCCGCGCAUCGGCAUCGCGGCAGACAUGUGUGACUUUGUAUGAGAUUUCAUGGCCCGAACGGAAAGAAAAUAUGAUUAUGCGAGAUAUGCGAUUUGCAGGCCGGUCUAAGCAUGAAAGCGUGAAUAGACCCAGCAGGGUGUACUUCAAAGUCUUGACAAAAUGAAUGGUUUCUUCUGCAGGAUUCGAGAUUUGCUGGUUGAUGGUGUAGACGCUUGAGACCUCUAGCUAUGCACCACACAUGCACGCAGGGCCAGGUGACGAAGGUAGGCAGACAUGAGUGAUUCAGCGCGUGGAU